CCACAAGUUGAUGUUUAAAGGAUGGAACUAAAGAAUUUUGGGAAUGGGAACUCUUUAUUCAUUGAUUAAAUUAGAUUGGGACAUUGCCUUUAACUUUUAAUUCUAAAACAAGAUAUUCCAUCCAAAAUUUAAAUAAGCCAAUCAUUGCAGCUGGAUUUAUUGAGUAGUAAGAUGCAUGGUUCCACAUCUUUUGCCCAAGGAAUAGUUUUAGAAUAAAAAAAAUAUUUUUUGUUUCUUAAAUUUUAAAAUCUCCAACUUUAGAUAUAUUAAAGACUUUAUUUAUCAUUUAGGUUACAUAAUGGAAGGUUGUAUAUCAUAUAUGCUAUGAUUAAGAAAUAAAUUCAACCUUGGCUUUUAAAGGGACAGAAACAUUCAUACACUGUUGGAGCAGCAGGAUUGGUUGGGAUACAUUGAGCAGCCAUCUGUAAAAACAAAACAAAAAUCCCAAGCAAUCAGAUUAAUUUUCAAAACCCAAUAUCAACAAAUUUUCUAUGAAAAUAUAAUGUGUUAUUUAAAAAUGUAAUGUUGGGAAGGGGUAGUCAAAACAAACCAGAGAAAACCAGAACAAGGAUGAGGAAGUGAGAGUGUGAGCACUUGGCCAUUUUUAGCAAUGUGUAUCAAUGGAAUGCUUGAGUUUUUUUAGUGUAGAACUCAAGCUUUUGGAGGGAGUAUAAUAUAGGGUUAUAGUGUAUAGCAACUUAAACAGAAACAAAGAAAGAGGCUAAUUGUUUUGAAUUCAGGAUACCAUUGGGUCAGAUUGCACAAUGGAGGAAUGAGAUAACUGUUGCAGAACAGAAUAAUGGAUGAAUACAGAACUCUCUGAUUAAUUUGCUUUCUUCUUCUUUUAGAUGAAAUCGGAUUCUUUCUUUGUUGUCAGCUUUGACUAAGUAAUGGGUACAGUGAAUCUUUUCUUAACACUAAGAAGGAGGGGGAAUAGCCUGGAAUAUUACACAUAAUUUCCUUGCUUAUGGCUUGUAUCUAAAUUGUUAUCAAUGGCUGUAUGAAGCAAGGCUUUCCUUCAAUUGUUUGUCAAACAUUCAUACGGUUUUGAGUCUUCAGAGUAAAAUCAUGGCCUUCAGAGUAAUUCUCAGAUUACAAUAUAAAUGAGCUUUCUUUCUGCGACAAAAAUGGUGAUGCACCCAUCUUUUCUGUGGAGCUGGCGGCGAACAAUUACUAGUAAGUUAAUUAUAUAGCCAGUUAAUGACUAUUUAAAGUUUGAAAUCUUCAUUUUUAAAACUUCUUUUGUGUCUGAUGCUGGAACUGUUUCUCUACAAUCAAUGCUUAGGGAAUUCCUGUUGCUGGGGAAUCUUUCCUUAGUUGUCAUCAUAAAUUCCAUACCAUAUAUUCUAUCCAUGAAAUGGCUUACAAUUAAUAAAUUCAAUAAGUAUUGUUUGAAAGUCUUCUUUCAUUUAUCAGUUCACACCCGUCCCUGCCUCGGAAUUUGCUCAUGAAGAAAACCAUGAGUUGUUUUCUUCGGUUACCAUGUUAUUACCCCAUUACAGUAUUCAACCAUAAAUGUUAAUAGCCAUGGCCAUGGAUCUAUAUCUGUAUCUUUUUCACAAAAGGGUGUGGCAUUCCUUUCUUUGGAUUAUAAACCAUGGGAAGAAAGAAGGUUAAGCAUGAGUUGAUUGCCAAUGAAUCUGUCAGGAAAGCUACACUCAAGAAAAGAAAGGCCGGGCUGCUGAAGAAGCUGAGUGAGCUGACAACCCUGUGCGGUGUUACCGCCUGUGCAAUCAUUUUCAGUGGUUACAAUACCCAACCCGAUGUUUGGCCUUCCCCGAUCGAGGCAUUCCAUGUGCUCGACAAGUUCAACAACUUGCCUGCAGAGAAACAAGGCAAGUACAUGAUGGACCAGAAGGUUCUCCUCAGAAGAAUCAUGUCGCAGAUGAAUGAAACGUUGGAGAAGCAAAGAGAGAAGAACCGAGAGCUGGAGGUGAAACUUGCGUUGGCCGAAACCAACUAUGAUUUCAAUAGUUUACAACGUUCGGAAGAAUUGGUUCAUCUGUUGAAGGAAAAGAUUAAGUUUGUGAUGAAUAAGAUCGAGAGCAAGGGGUUGAAGGGCUGAUCAAGUUUAGCAGGAAAAUGGAAAUAAAAGUAGAGAGCAUAACAGGUUUUUUUCAUCUGAGAUUAGAUGUGGAAUCUCUUUUGCUCUACAUGAAUAAACAUUAAACUGGUCACCAUUUGGCAUUGCUUUUAUCCUAUCAAUUGCCUGAGAUCUCAUACUUCCAACCCUACUUUUGGUAUAUUUGAGUCUUUAUUCUUCAAUAAAAUUGUGUGGGUUGCAAAUCAUUUAAUCGGAACCUUAAUAUUUUGGUUUAGAUGGCGGGUUCAGGGAGGUUUUGAUCGGGUCAUUUUGAUAGAUUAAAAUUGUGUUUGAUUCCUGGUCGAGGAUUCUGCACUUCCCAGAUCCAAUUUAAGGACUGGGAAAUUAAAACUAUCCAAGUUAUGGAA